AUGAAGCUCCCUUCGAUCUCUUCGAUCCUUGCGAUCGCAGCUCUGGGCUCUUGCGCCUCUGCUACCUUUACCAUGAGCAUUGCCAAAUCUCAAGGCGUGAAGAAUAUCAAGAAGAGAUCUCUUUCGACCCGCGCCACUAUCACCGAAUCUCUGGCUAAUAACUUCACUGGUGGCGACUACAUUGCCCAAGUCAGCGUUGGAACUCCUCCCCAGACUCAAACUCUGGCCAUCGACACCGGCAGCAGCGAUGUCUGGUUGAUGUCUAGUACCGCCGAUCUAUGUACCGACCCAGCCUUGCAAGAGGAAGAUGGAACUGGUGGUUGCGCCAGCACUUUCGAUUCUUCCAAAUCCUCUUCAUUCAAGGUCGUCGAUGCCAACGGAUUCGACAUUUCAUACGCAGACAACAGUGGUGCACAGGGCGACUACGUUACGGACGAUUUCACCAUUGGUGGUUCUACAAUCAAGGCAUUGGAGAUGGGACUGGCAUACAAUGUUACUCUUCAAACUGGAUUGAUGGGUAUUGGAUACGACAAGAACGAGGCCUCUGACUCUACCGAUGGUGACGGCUUUAUCUAUCCCAGCAUUAUCGAUCAAAUGAUGUCACAAGGCUUGAUCAACACCAAGUCAUACAGCUUGUAUUUGAAUGACUACGAGGCAUCCACGGGUUCCAUUAUCUUUGGCGGUCUUGAUGCGGACAAGUACCAUGGCAAGCUUCUCCAAGUCCCCAUCGUUCCUGAUGAGUAUUCGAAUGGUACGCAAGUCUACGCCGAAUUCUCUGUCGCUAUGACUGGCUUUGGGAUUACUACCAACGCAGGUAAUACUACGAAUUUUACCAUCUCAAGCUACCAAACACCAGCCAUCUUGGAUUCCGGAACUACUCUCACAUACCUCCCCAACCGUCUCGUCGAAGAUAUCUACAAUGCGAUUGGUGCUGAAGAGGACGAGGAUGGAAAUGCCUACGUUGAUUGCUCAGUCCGCGAUAACAAUCCCGACAUGACAUUCAACUUCGGCUUCGGUGGCGCAAGCGGUCUCACUAUCGCCGUCCCAGCUAACGAGCUGAUUUUCGAUCUCACCGGGAUCUUCUCGACAGGUGGCAUCGACCCAGGCACCGGUGGAAGUGGAGGCACGUGUGCACUUGGUAUCAUGCCCGGAGACAGCGAGGAAUCAGAUGGGCCAUAUAUCCUCGGCGAUGUAUUCCUCCGAUCCGCCUACGUCGUCUAUGAUCUACAGAACAACCUCAUUGCGCUCGCUCAGACAAACUUCAACUCUACGACAAGCAGUAUUGUGGAGUUCCAAGCUAGCGCUACCACUAUCCCGAAUGUGAGCGGUGUGGCGAGCAGUGCGCAGGUCACUGAGACAAACACUGGCAUCCUAGGAGGUGGUGGUGGUCCAAAGACUACCAGUGCUACUGGAACUGCGACUACAGAUGGCUCGAAGACAACAUCUACUUCAGGAACUGGUACAGGUGCCUCGACGUCAAACACGAGCAAGAGCGCUGCUACUGGAACCGUACCUGCCUUCGAUAUCAAGGCCCUCUUCGUGCUUGGUAUCUCGUCUGUAUUUACUGUUCUUGGAGCUUCUUUCAUUCUCGCAUAA